GCCGGGACGGGACGGGCGCCCGCGGAGGGCGGCCGGGGCGGUGGUGAGGGGGUCGGUAUGGCUGCCAGCGCCAAGUCCUUCCUGGCCGAUGCGGGCUAUGGCGAGCAGGAGCUGGACGCCAACUCCGCCCUCAUGGAGCUGGACAAAGGCCUCAGGUCUGGCAAACUCGGGGAGCAGUGCGAAGCCGUCGUUCGUUUUCCCAGGCUCUUCCAGAAAUAUCCUUUCCCUAUUCUCAUUAAUUCAGCUUUCUUAAAGCUAGCUGAUGUUUUCAGAGUGGGAAACAACUUCCUGAGGCUGUGUGUGCUAAAAGUUACUCAGCAGAGUGAGAAGCACUUAGAGAAGAUCCUAAAUGUGGAUGAGUUCGUCAAAAGAGUGUUCUCAGUAAUUCAUAGCAAUGAUCCAGUUGCUCGGGCUAUUACACUUCGGAUGUUGGGCAGCAUGGCAUCUAUUAUUCCAGAAAGGAAGAAUGCACAUCACAGUAUUCGUCAGAGUUUGGAUUCCCAUGAUAACGUGGAAGUUGAAGCUGCUAUAUUUGCUGCUGCCAACUUUUCUGCACAAUCAAAGGAUUUUGCUGCUGGAAUAUGUAAUAAAAUCAGUGAGAUGAUUCAAGGUUUGGCCACACCUGUGGACUUGAAAUUGAAGUUGAUACCUAUUCUACAGCACAUGCAUCAUGAUGCUAGCCUGGCCUCCAGCUCCCGGCAGCUGCUUCAGCAGCUGGUAACAUCAUAUCCCUCUACCAAGAUGGUCAUUGUUACUCUGCACACCUUUACUCUGCUUGCUGCUUCUUCAUUGGUUGACAUUCCUAAACAGAUCCAGCUUUUGUUGCAGUACUUGAAGAAUGACCCCAGGAAGGCUGUGAAGAGACUUGCAAUCCAAGAUUUAAAGUUGUUGGCCAACAAGACACCACAUACAUGGAGCAGAGAAAAUAUUCAGGCACUCUGUGAAUCUGCUCUUCACACUCCUUAUGACAGCUUGAAACUGGGGAUGCUAUCUGUUCUUUCCACAUUAUCAGGGACCAUUGCCAUUAAACAGUACUUCAGCAGUGCUCCAGGAACAGCAGCUACAACUGCAAGAUCAUUUGAUUUAGUAAAACUGGCACAGGAGUGCUGUUACCACAAUAACCGUGGCAUUGCAGCUCAUGGUGUGAGAAUUCUGACUAAUAUAUCAGCCUCUUGUCAGGAAAAAGAUCUUCUGCCUUUGGAGCAAGAUGCAGUUUUUGGCUUAGAAGCUCUUCUUGUUCUUUGUAGUCAAGAUGACAGUCCAGGAGCUCAGGCAACCUUAAAGAUCACUUUAACUUGUAUGGUGAAGCUGGUCAAGUGCCGUCCUCACCUGAGCCAGUCAGUAGUUGAAUCCCUGCUGACCCAGUUGCACAGUGCCCAGGAUGCUGCUAGGAUUCUCAUGUGCCACUGUUUAGCAGCUAUUGCCAUGCAGCUGCCUGUCUUAGCAGAUGGGAUGCUAGGAGACCUAAUGGACCUCUAUAAAUUAAUUGGACGAUCUGCCACAGAUAAAAAACAGGAACUCUUGGUUUCUCUUGCCACAGUGAUAUUUGUUUCCAGUCAGAAAGCUUUGUCUUCAGAAGUCAAAACUGUUAUCAAACAGCAGCUUGAGAAUGCCUCCAAUGGAUGGACAGCCUACAGGAUAGCGAGGCAGGCUUCCAGAAUGGGCAACCAUGACAUGGCCAGAGAACUGUAUCAAAGCCUGCUGACUCAAGUGGCUUCAGAACACUUCUACUUCUGGCUGAACAGUUUGAAGGAGUUCUCUCAUGCAGAACAGUGUCUGACAGGUUUGCAGGAGGACAACUACAGCUCAGCGCUUUCUUGUAUUGCUGAAGCUCUAAAAUCCUAUCACAAAGGAAUAGCAUCACUGACGGCUGCUAGUACGCCACUUAAUCCUCUGAGUUUUCAGUGUGGAUUUGUGAAACUCAGGAUUGACCUUCUGCAAGCUUUUUCUCAACUUAUUUGUACCUGCAACAGCCUAAAAACAAGUCCACCACCAGCUAUUGCCACAACGAUUGCUAUGACAUCAGGAAAUGAUCUCCAAAGGUGUGGACGCAUCUCUAACCAGAUGAAACACUCAAUGGAAGAAUUCCGAAACCUGGCUACACGGUAUGGAGAUCUGUAUCAGUCAUCUUUUGAUGCAGACUCAGCAACUCUAAGGAAUGUAGAACUACAACAGCAGAGCUGCCUGUUGAUUUCACAUGCAAUAGAAGCUCUGAUUUUGGAUCCAGAAUCUACAAGUUUCCAGGAAUACAGCUCAAAUGGAACAGCACAUGUUGAGAGUGAAUAUGAAAGAAGAAUGAUGUCUGUAUUUAAUCAUGUACUGGAAGAAGUGGAAUCCCUCAACAGGAAGUAUGCUCCUGUGUCUUACUUGCAUACAGCUUGUCUGUGCAAUGCUGUCAUUGCGUUGUUGAAGGUACCCCUUUCAUUUCAAAGGUACUUUUUUCAAAAGCUGCAGUCUACAAGUAUUAAGCUUGCUCUAUCCCCAUCUCCGAGGAACCCAGCAGAACCUAUUGCAGUACAGAACAAUCAGCAAUUGGCCCUAAAGGUGGAAGGAGUGGUUCAGCAUGGAUCUAAACCAGGCCUUUUCCGUAAAAUCCAAUCCGUCUGUCUAAAUGUCUCUUCAGUGCUGCAGAGCAAAUCUGGACAAGACUAUAAGAUUCCUAUUGACAACAUGACCAAUGAAAUGGAGCAGAGGGUGGAACCACACAACGACUACUUCAGCACUCAGUUUCUGUUAAACUUUGUGAUACUUGGUACCCACAACAUCACAGUAGAGUCCUCUGUAAUAGAUUCAAAUGGUAUUGUCUGGAAAACUGGGCCUAAAACAACUAUUUUUGUUAAAUCUCUUGAGGAUCCAUACUCCCAGCAGGUUCGUCUUCAGCAACAGCAAGGACAGCCGCCAUCACAGCAGCAACAGCAAAGAACAGCAUACUCACGGUUUUAAUUCCCAGAAGUGACUCUAUCCUGGUCAAUGAUAUUGCAGUUUUUUCUUGGAUGCUUUUUUGAAAGACCUACAAUUUUAAGCUUCUCCUAGAAAGUCUCAGAUGCCAAUUUUGCUUUUUAAAUUACCUGGGGUAAAUUUGAACUUGAUUCAGCAGAGGCAACUCUGUUCAAAUUUGGAGUUGUGCUUUUAGUCUAAGAACUUCUACAUGAUCUCUUCACUUCUGUUUACAAACCUGUUGCAGCAGGCUCCACAGACUUUGAUAGCAAGGGACACUAAGAGCUCUUUGACUAGUACUUUCUGUACUUUCUUUUUUUGAAGCACAUAGGUUGUAAUGUUAGGCUUACAGGACAUCGGUAAACACUUUGGCUAGUGAUACAGAACUGAGUGUAAUACCAAGUCUGUAUCUUUUAAUGUGAAGGAAUUGGCAGGAAUAUCCAGAGGGGUUUUUUUCUGACAUUUUAAUAGCAACUUCCAGUAUUUGGCUGAUGGAUGUGUAUUAUUAAAAUUCAUCAGUGCUACUUAAUGCAUGCAUCUGAAAGGAAAAAAAAGUUGUGGCUCACUUCUCAUACCCAGUCAUUGUAGAAGGAGGAGGCUGCUUGAGGGGUUGCUGUUUGGGGAGUCUUACAAGAGGUAGAAUUUUACAGGUGGGAACAAUAACUGUUUCUCAGAUGAUAUAGGAGAGAUUACUGUGUUGUUUUUAAAUCUUCAUGUAUCUGUAUUUUGGAAGGCCUUGGUUUUGUUGGGUUUUUUUUGUUUGCCCUUUUAAGAGGGAAGUUAACUUGCAAGUUGUCAUUUAACUGCUUUGUUUUAUAAAAAGGAAUUUUAUAUACCAAAGCUUUGUAAUCUUGUGUACUCUUUGACCAAUUUAGUAAUCUUAAUUGUUACUUUUACAGGAUAACUUGAAGGAGGAUUUUGCCAAUACUAUAAAUUGAUUCAGAAUAAUUGUGGAAAUAUGCUGCUUCAUACAUAGUUUUCAUGCUUCCUUUGAGACUUAAAAGGCUGAACUCUGCCUGUGUCUGGACUCUCAGGCAAUAGAUCACAUAACAUGUCCUUCACCUGGUCCUCAUAAAUAAUCUCUGCUUAUCACUCUGCAGGAAAGUAGGACCCAUUUGAAUGCGGAGGAGGAAGGAUGGCACUUCUUACAGACUUCAGUUUGUAAAUGGUUUAAUCCCUCUCAUUGGAGCAGAAAUUUUCAUUGUUAUUUUCUCAGUAAAUUCCUAAGAUACUGUUUUUUCUUCAAGUCGAUUUUGCUGUAGAAGCUGACUAGAGCUUGCAGAUUCUGCUUGCUUUAUAUGCAGAGAAUAAGAUAAUGAAUUGUUAUAAGCCUAGGUUUUGUUGGCAUAGCUGGAUGGAGAGUUGUUUUUGCUGUGUUUUCCUGUAAGAGUUGCUUAAGAAAUCAACUUUCUUCCUCUUGGCUUGAGACCAACCCCCCAAAAAAAGUAAGCAGUCAUGGUAGAUUUCAUAAUAUCUUUGUCAGGCUAUAAUCCUCAGCAGAAAAGAUAAUUGGGAUGAAAGCUGGAAGUAGAAGACUUACAAAAUUGAUGAAAGAUUCACCAAAAUCCUUCUUAAAUCUGAUUUUUUUAUUUUGUGCAGGAGACAGAAACUACCACUGCCCUUCAAGCUGGCUGAGGAAAGUGGUGGUUUCUGUCCCCACUUUUAUAGUUAUAUAUAUACAGUUUUGUGUGUGUGUAUAUACAUACAGCUAUGUAUGCACGCAUGCAUACAUGUACCUAUAGCUACCUAUAGUUACAUGGUCCAGAAAGAGAUGAUUCAUCUAGUGUUGUGCAUGCAGUCUGUCAGAUUGAAGAUCUGAACUGUUUGUGGUUGGGUGGGUUUUUUCAUUAAAGUCGUAGAUCAGUGUCUUAACCACAAAACCCUCUUUAUUGUAAUUAAAGAAAAAAAAAGAGACAAAAGACUAAGAGGUCAAACAAUUUUUUUUUUUUUUUUUUUUUUUUUUUUAAUCCUGCAUAAUGAAUGUGUUUCUUGCUCUGUCAUUGACCAGUAUGUUGCUGGAAACCUGUGAUGGCGGCACUCCAAAACAACUCAGAAAUGAAACAAAAUUUCUACAUUGGGGAGCAGACUUUUCUCAUAAGUCAAGCAAUGUUCACAGUACAUAGCUAAACUUAUGAGAAGCCUAGUAGAAAAAAAAAUUUAUCCAGGGAAAGCCCUGACGUGGCCCGAGGCUUAACUGUCUGUGAGCCAGUAAGAUUAACCCUGCUGCAGUUGAAAAAAUUGUUCCUUCUCCAAGUAUGUUUGUUCACCUGAUCUGAGAGGCCUCUAGAACUCCAGGAACUUGUAUCAAUUUUGGAGGCAGGCAAAUAAUAACUCAAGUCUGAAAAUUUGGAUGCUAGGUAUGGGAGAUUGUGGGGUGAGGGUAAAUGUCUUCUGGAAAAUGGCAAGUAGUAUUUAUUGGAAAUUAGCUUGUAUAGGAAGGUGGCUUCCUGUGCAAGUAUCUGAAUUUCUAACAAAUUCUGAAGGAUUUCUCAUGCUGGUUCAUUUGCAGGUUAGUUACAUGUUCGUGCUGAUCAGGAAAGACUCUGGACCUGUUACUAAAUGGUCCUUUUACAUAAGCACAGUGUUUAACAUUACAUGGGGUUUGUAGUGAGGUUAUUCUUUGGGUGUUUGUUUUGUUUGUUUUCAAACAUUGUGUAUUUUUAUUCCUAAUACACUGUGAAAUACACUUGGCAAACAGGAACCAAGGUUUUUGUAGAAAUCAAUGACUCAAAAUGCCCAAAGAGAAGUGAGGAAGAGUGUUACAGUUACAGCAGUGUACAGAAAGCUGCUGUUGGAGCUGUCAGCAGUGAACGUGAUCCUUGACUAUUAAUAGAAGCAGGGAGGUUAUCUUGCUUGAAUCCUGUUUCUGGUGCCCAUACUUGAAGAUGUGCAACAAAGAAUCUAGAAAGUAAUUCUAUGAUACGGACCCAAGUUAAAUCUUCUUAAACAAAGCAGUAACUCGAUCACUAAGCAUAGCUGCACACUGAUAAUGGAAGAAAAUUGAGAUCUUUUCCACUUACUGGCAAAAGAAAGAAAAUAUUCAGUGGCUAGAUGUUGGUUUUGAGGCUGUUGCUAAGAAUUCAAACAACAAAAAGGCUUAUGCAGGCAGCUGCAUCAUUAUCUAGUCUUAAUGAUUAAGGUAUGCUUUCGUCUAACUUUGAUAAAUUCUUGGGCUGGGGAAGGGUGAAGAUGAUCAAAUUAAGAUGACUGGAGGUAUUCAUAAUACGUGCAGUUCUGCAUUAAGCCAAUAGUAAUUAGUGCUUAGACCUAGAAUUUAACCUGACUUCUCUGUAGAUGAUGUAGCCAGUUACUCUCAGAAGUACUUACUACUCACAUUCUUGUGAACCUGUGCUCAGACAUACCAGAAAGUGUCAUUUCUAGAUUCCUGGCUGAUCUCUUGCUCAAGGCAAUGUGGAGCUCAACAAGGGGUAGGGAAGGAAUUUCCCAUGUCAAAUUCUGUCUUCCUCUGGAAUUUAGAGUGUAAUCUUCUGCUAAGGUCAUUUAAGUGUGUUUCAUAAGUGAUUCCCUGAAGUUGCACUCAUCGUAGGUACUCAUGGCAUCUUAGACUUCCCUUUCUUCCCAUUUUUUCUUUCCUUGGAUAUGCAUUCAUUUUACCUGAGGACUGAAACGCCUUAAUUUAGCUAAGGCUUUUGUAUUUGUUGGUGGAUAUAUGUAUAUCUUUGACUUAAAUCCUGUGAAACUGUACAGGAAUUGGACAGGUCUAGAAACAAGUUCAACAGUCCUUUAAACAUAUGCAUAAACUUUAAAAUUAUUUUCUUUAGUGAUGUCACAACUUUAGUUUAAAAAAAAAAACUUAUUGAUGGAAUUUAUAGGAUUUGAAUGAAUUAUAUUGCAUUCCUAAAAUCUCUUUUGAAUGAUGUUCAAUGUGUGUUGUGUACAUAGAGAAAGAGAUAUUUCAUACAAUACAGUAUGGAAACAUCUUGCCUUCGAAGUAGCUAUAUUUCUUUUCCGGCUGUUGUCUUUCUGCUGGCCUACAGUGCUUUGCUGUCUCCUUGGUCAGCAUAUUUACACACGUGCCUUUCUAAUUUUUAUCAGCAUCUUCUCCAAACAAUCUGUUCCUUUUGUGGCAGUGCAGGUGUAGUCAGGUAUCUGCAUUGUCCAAAGCAAGAGGGGGGAAAAAUAAAGGAGGGUGGAGAGGGGGGUUUAGGAGCCCUGCAAGCUUACAAAGCAGUUCUGAGUUGAGUAGGGCCCAAGAACUGGUAAUUUUCUUUGCUUGACUGCUGUAAGGCAGCGUCCAGCGCUAUUGGAGCUGCUCUUGUGUCACCCACAUAGAUGCCUCUCCAAGGACACAACCUUAGAUGCUAAGCAAAAGGAGACUUAUCCAGAACUUUGGCCUAUUAACUUCCAAAGCAGAGAGAGUGAUAGAGACAAAAGCACUUCUUGAAAGCAAGGAAAAAACAAGUGUUACAUUGCACUUCUUAGAAGAAUAUUGUGCAGUGUUGCAGUUACCUUCUCCCCCCUGUGAAUUUUUAAGCCAGGUCCUGUUUUGUGUUACUGGGAAGCAAGCCUAUCUUAGUGGUGACCCUAGAUAGCUCCUGAGUUCUUUGUAGUCCAGGGGACAUCUGACAAACAGCAGCUGCUCAAACUCGCUAUUGAAAUCACAGAUUACAUGUAUUUCAGUGAGCAGUCAUCCCAGUUGUUCUGCGUGCUUUAGGAAGUUGCUCUACUCUGCUGAUUGCCAGCAUAGUGCUGAGAAAUAGAAGUCUAUUCUUGGUGUUCUCAUUUGCUUUUAGGAUAAACUUUAUCUACCUUCUGCUUGCCCACCUCAAAGGAAUGCUAUCGAAAUUAAGGACAGCUUGGCUGUGUGUUAAUGGAGUUUCCAGUUAGCCUCAGCGUCCUGAUCCAAUGAUCUUAGACAAGGUUAGAAGAGUGUUCAAUGAAUUUUGAGAGGAAAAUAUUUCUCAGGCUAGAAAGAGCCUGUGGCAAUGUCUUAAACUCUUUUAGUCUAUUGGACACCUAACUAUAGUAAAAAGGUGAUUCUUCUUUUUGUCAGUACUGAACCAGUGACCCAGUAGAGCAGUCAAGGAGAUACUGCAGUUCUUCUGUUGUGUAGAAAUAAAACUUAGGCUGUAGCCACUUCACAGUCUUAAAAAUCAUUCCCCCCCCCCCCCCCCUUUUUUUUUCCCAGUGGAUAGGGAAACAUUCACAUUCCCUCAAAUUUGAGUUUGAUGGGGUUUUCAAGAAGUCUUUUAAAACUCUGAUUAAUAAAAGAAUUGCUUGGAGUUUUUUAUGGGUAUCAUUGGUGACUACAAAGCUCCAAAGAAGAUAAAAUAAAUGGUUGUGUGGGUUGGCUGAUUUAAAAUACCUUUGCUCAACAGUUUAAGUAUGUGACUUGCUGUCAGUCCAUCUUACGGAUCCCUUCUCUUUUUACUAGAAGUACUAAAUUUAGGAAUGCAGUUAAUUUGAAAUUAAUAGCUGUCCAUGCUUAACACACAGCUUCUAACUACAGGGCAAAAACAAUGAGUAGCAGUUGAACUAGAAGAGACUGUCUGUGAUAAAUAUAAACUGAAUGGUAUGUGGAUGGCUGGACUCUGCCAAAGAUGAUGGGUGAAUCUUCAGGGUACAGUUUCAUGCUUCAUUUAACACAGCCUAGGUGUGUGGUGUUGCUGAAAGGGGUUCUCUCUGCUGUUUAUUCCUGCCUCAGUCUUUGCUCUUUGUGUCAGAUCAUGAGUUUAUCCAGUUAAAACAGUUUCAUUUCGCUAAGCUGUUUUUUCAGCUGAAUUGGCAGGUUUGUCUUGGCUGACUGUGGAGCAACUUCAUUAACAGAGCCUGUACAAGGAAGGUGCUGGGGAAGAUGUAUUGUGUGUCCUACAAGCAAUAAUCAACUGUUGGACUGACUGACUAUGCAUCUGUGCUAUAUUUCUGUAUUUUACUCAAGUCUGGAGGGAACAAUCUGUUCACAUACAUCUGAACUGUGGCAUUUCUGCGUGGACAGUUUGAGAGGGCAGAGAUCACUGCAGUAGUUACCAGCCAGCUGUCUGGCCUUCCCAUCUGCUGUGAGGCACCACCCACGAGCGAGGCAGCAGAAGAGAAGAAAUGCACUUGUGGAGCAGUGGAUGAGGCCAAGCCUGCAGUGAGUUGUCAGUCUUUGCUCUGGAGUGGGUGAGGUGUGCUUGAAUAUGUCCUGAUUUGCCAGCAAUGUAUGUGGGCAGUAGCUAACAGUUGUGAGUGAUGACAGCUGUCUGACUCGCCUUGUUUCACAAAAUCCAGAAGUAUGUGGAUGUCAAGGUUCUGACUGCACAUUUUUUUUAGUUAUACUGGUGUUAUUCCUACACGAAAAACUUUGAAACUUUGGCUAAAGCCAGGCUUUUAUCACUUAAUCUUAAAUCCACUGGCACUAGUUUCAUGGGUAUGUAUUUGCAGAAAUUGGUCUGUGCAAAUGACUAUGUUCAAACUAGAUCGUUGUCCACUGAGUAAAGUGAAAAGCAACGUGGAUGGAGACCUCUUGGAGCUAGUCACCCACUUCAGACAGAUAGGAAAUUCCAAGAGUUGUAGUAACUCACAAAAAAUGUUGUCUGACCUCUUCAGAAAGUCUCUUUCCCUCAUUUCAUGAGGGAGGAACAAAAGCUAUUCUAGUUAAUUAUGCUAAUUGUUGUAACUCACAUAGUGAAGCCAUCCCAUUUUUUUGUAAGCAGUGUGAACUGAUCCUGUCUGCAAUGUACAAACUCUGAUAGUUUAUUUCCUUUGUGUCUGUAUGUCACCAGUGAAGAAUUGAUGUGCAUUUUCAUCCUUGCAGAGGAGAAGAUUUACCUGAUAGUCUUCUGUGUCCUGAGAGAGAGAGAUGCAGAACCUUUCCUUGUUUCACCUGUUUGCAUGAUAGUGUGGACAAAGUCUUUGUGAGUUGGGUAGGAAUUUCUGAGAGGAUUAAUUCUGAGCGCAUCUGGGUAGUGUAACCCACAUGAUGGAUCCCCUGGAGAGAUUUGUAUUUCUGUUAGCAUGCGUACACUAGGUUAAGAACAAAAAUAUACUCUGAUUUUUAUUUUUGGGGGGAGUGGGGCAAUAUAGGUGAAACAUAUGGAUAGCUCGAAGGCUUUAAGUUUAGUUGUCUUCCUGAUAUUUUGGCCUGACCCUAAGAAAAGUACCUAGUUAUUGUGUGUUGGUUUUCCCAUUUAAACAAAAAAAACAACAAAACAAACCCCUAAUUCCUUAUGCUUUGCUGUUCAGAGUUUUAGAAAUUCAUUGGUCCUAUGGAAGUACAAAAUACUGUGCUGUUUUGUGGAUGGAUAUGUUUUUCUUCUUGUAUAGGAAAAAGGAGGUCCCAACCCAUGACUGUUGUGUUGCAAUACCUACAGUAGUUCAAUUUGGCAAGAUAACAAAACGAGUGCAGAACUUGCAUGGCCAUAAUGCGUUUGAGAAACUAUUUUAAAAUGUCAUGCUGAUGAAUCAAUCUUUCUCCCUUUUUUUUUUUUUUUUUUUUAAUAUGGAAACUUCUCAGCAAAAAAAGUGUGGCAGAUCAGGUACUCAUGUUCAGCUCUGUCCUUUAAUGAUAUGAGUGUACUAAAUGGCAGAUGGGAAUGUUGGUGAUUCACUGAAUAUAUUUACGUACAUAUGUAAACACUACCUCACCAGAAAACAGCUUACCAAGAGGGAUAUGGUAGCUUAAAAUUUGUUUUUAGUGAAGCCCAUUCUGUAGUAUAAACAUAGUGAGCUCUUGCUGUGACAAGACAGAUGGGAGAGUCCUCUGUGGUGCCUGCCUAACCACCUGAAAUGUGCCUUUCUGCUUCUCUUGGGCUUUUUGCUUUCUGGGCACUACCCUUAUCGUUGUGGCUAAUAACAGCAUUUACAGGCUAAUAAUCUACAGCCAAGUCAGCCACUGUUUGCCCGUGAUGUAAUGUAGUUUUUCUGAUUCAUGAGUUCUCAUCUAUGUCUGACCACUUAUCUUCUGCUGGCAGAGAUGAGAAUAUUCUUUGAUAUGAAAAGCUGCUAGAAGCUUGAUGCCCUCUUCCUGCUGUAAAUCUUAGACCGCUUCCAGCAGCCCCAAGGCAGCCCAGGGAGAAGCUGGCAUUGGCCCCCUCAAAUACUCUGCUAUGCAAUCUGAAUGAAUUUUAAAAAUGCCACUUUUAAUCUCUUGAGCUUUUACUUUCAGCUGCUUCUCCAUAAUCAUGAUAACCAUAAAUCAUUUUUUGCAUAAUAUCAUUCUUCAUUUUUAUUUUUAGUACUCAACUCCAGGAAGUGUGGCUUAAAUAAUAAUAAAAAAAAAAGAUUAAAAAAUAACGAGAACCAAACAUUCAGUAAAAUCUGUCCUUCCAACAGUAUUGUUAGACAAUUCAAGGCUUUGAUUUGGCCUUCAAAUGCCUGGUCUUGCUGGGCUGUGCCCAACAUUUGGCCAUUCAAGGAGUAAAGGAACAGUAGACUAGGAACUUAAUAGAAGUUUUACAAGCCAGGUGUCUUCCACUCAAACCUGUAGAAAAGGAAGUGUGAGUGGGAGGUAGGAAGCACUUGAGUGGGACUUGCAAGUUGACCAAAGUUGAUUGCGAGUUAGCAAUUUAAAAAUGUAUCACUGUAAUUAUCACCCGUUUUAUUUCCUCAUCUCUGCCUUUUGGAAGAGAAAAAAACUCAACACACUCUGAUUGUGCUCGUAGAAAUUAUUACCGCUAAUAAAGUUACAUAUUCAGUAAAUUAAAGUUUUGAAAUAUUGAGAUCACUGGGUAUGAAAACAUAACCCAUUUUGUCCUUUACCUUCAAGGAAAGACUCUGACCAGUUUUCUGAAGAAGAUACGGAGCCUGGGUUAGUCAUAGCAGUUUAGCUGUUUGAGCACUGAUUCAUUUGUACCCAUUUUUAGUACUAGUUGUGGUGUUGGUAAUGAGAAAUUGACGGCUGAAAUUACAGGACAGAUGGAAAGAGCCUUGUCCAGCAGGAGAGCAGAAAUCUACAGCUGUGCUGCCUGAGACAUAACUUGUUUGCCAGUGAUUUGGUUACUUGACAGUCUAAAUGGAUUCACAAGCCAUUCACAGGAAUCAAAUUGCAAAACGGACUGUAGGCACAAGCUUCCUUCAAUGUAGGACAAAUCCUGUUAAUGCUGUAGUAGGGUUGACACAGGACACAGGAUCUCUGCUAUAGUUCUGUAUUGGACUUCUGUUAAAAUGUGGUACAUAAUUCAUGCUCAGCAGAGGCAGUCGAGACCAUGACUCAUUUGUGCCACUCUAAAAUAUUAAAACUUUCAGGCCACUUCAAUUACAAGCCUGGCAGGACAUACAACCUGACGCAGUGAAAUAAUUUACCUGUGUUAUCCAGGCAAUGGCAAAGAAACCAGUCAUUGUAAAGAAAGCUACUUGUGAUUAAUGAUGUAAUUAUUUAAAUUGUUUCUUUAAUCAUCUGGACUACCUAGGAGUAGAAGGAGCUACAGCUGAGUGAGCAUUCCACUUGCUAAAGUAUGUUGGAGAUGCAUGAAAGCUUUGUACCUUUUCUUGAAGAAUUUAAGUCUUCAAAGUAGUGUGUGUGUGUGUGUGUGUGUAAGCAACUGCUACUCUGAAGGGGGGUGGAAGAUAAAAGAAAAACUGGACAAAUUUGUACUUGUGUAAUAGCAAAGAUUAAAGAUGAAUUCUAAAAGAAUUUGAAAGGUAGUUGAGUUUUGGGGGGGAAGAGAUGUUAACAGUGCAUUUAAUAAAUACACUCAAAUAGCAUAUGUUAAGUAAUUAAACUUACUGAUUAAAGACUAAUUUAAGUGUACUUGAUGAUCAAGUCUAAUGUAACAAUUUAGAAUGAGGAAUAAAAAACAGGACUACUGAAUAAAUUCCCUGCUUUAGGUCUUUGAAGCAAUAAUCAAUAAAUACAAAGCAAACAUCACGCCUGCAACAGAAUACUCAUAAUGUGGCUUGCAAAGAGCAUUAGCUGUGUUAGGGAGGCACACUGGAGAGAGGAUCCAGAAUAUCCUUUGAUAGUAUAGCUUCAUUGAAGGGACAAAGAGAAAGUUGACUUUUUUUUAAGUACUUCUGAAUUGCUUAAACUAGAAUCUUGUUCAUAAGCAUCCUUUUUAAUCUAGCUGGUAGCAAUAGCUGGAAUUUACGUGCUCCUGUGCUCGUUUUUUGAUUAUUUUUUUCUUAAUGACCAAUCCAAUGGCAUUGUAUCACAAAUUCCAAAUUUUAUUUUUUUGCAUUUAUGUAGGCAACUCUGUUGAACUCUGUUUGCAGACAACAGAUGUAGUUAGGAGUGCACUUAGCCUAGAACUGAAUGCAUGCAAAUGGCUCUGUAAGUGAAACUGUAGACUGGACUGAAAAAUCUGAGUAUUCCAGCUCAUGUUUCCCUGCAUAAUGAAGUCACUGACUAGUACAAUCAGAUUAUAUAAAAGUCUUCUCUGGUGUAUAUGUAAUACCUGGGUUCACAUGAACUGUUUUUAAUCAGUAAUUCAUAUUGUUUUUCUUGCAUGGUGAAAGUAUAUAAAUGAAUGUACAUCUGUGUACAUUGUGAUGACCUUUGUAGAAACCCUGCAGGAUUUUUAUAAUGGUUCAACUGAAAUUCAGUGUGAACCAGAUCAGCUAUUACAGGCUUGGUGGGAUCCCAGCAACAUAGCUCACAGGAGGAAGAGAGCUCUGUGAACAAGGGCACAGAGACCUAGAAAGAAAGGGUUAAUUAAGUAGAGAUUCUAGAAAAGCAGUGGUAAUAUUUGAAAAAUACAGGCUUUCAACUAAAAUAGCAAAUUUUUUUUUUCCUGUGACACUUAAUACUUUCCUAUCAGAACAGAAUAUUAAUCCACUGUAUUUUGUAAGGAUAUUUCAUUUGUCAUUGGGUUUUAAAGAUAGUGACUAGAGACCGUGAGGUUUUGGCAGCUGCUGAUCUCUGGACUACAGGAUUGCAAGUCACUUUUUAUCUUUUUGUUUUGAUUAUGAAGUCAAGUAGUGGUGUUUUCUAAGGCCUUUGGUAAAUACUGGUGAAGAAUGACUGCUCUGGGUGUGUUGGUUCAAGUAGUGAUUUGCAAAUCUUCCUGACUUCCUGCAAUGGUUUAGGCUUCUCCAGAGUGUAUUAUGUAAUGUAUUUGAGCGCCCUUAUAUAAACACUUGAUUAACUUUUUUCCCUACAAUCUAUUGCCUUCAUUCUUCAAAUUCACAAGUGAAUUUCUACUCAUUUGUGACUUUAUCCAGCUGCUAACUUGCAUCUUUUCAUCCAUCUCCGCAAGACAUAAUCCAUAGCUUCUAACAGGUCAUCCUGUACAACAGUGUUUGCACCCAGUCCUUCCAAAUAUACCUAGUGAUUCUUUUUGUCAUUCUCUUAAAUUAUCUUUGCAAAAGUUGUGAGACUUGGGAAUUUACGUCAGAGAGAAGGAAGAGCAGAGGGAGCUAGGAAAUAGUGUGUGUGUGUUGGGGUAACAGUAGGGAUCACCCUUGCUGCUUUACAGUGACCAACAGCCUCUGCCUGACCAGGCUGUGUUAGGGCUGCUUUCUUCCUUGCUUACGUUUCACUGGGAAAAUUUAGUGGCCAGGAGCAAGUGUUAAUGUGGUUGGCAGCAUAAUGAAUAGCAGAGAUCUAAGUGCAUUUCCUCACCUGGAAUGUGAGCCUUUCUGCUAUAGAUGGGGACUCGCAUAAAUUAUGCUUGCUUGCAGCCCUAGGUACUGCCUCUGCCAACUAUGAGUGUGAAACCCAGGGAAUGGUUUUGUGGCCUUAUCUAAUAACUGCUGUUACUUUGGGGUUUUUCUUUGUUUGUUUGUAAUGUGUACCCCGUCCUUAGGGGAGAGAUGAUCAAUAUUUAAGGUAUGUAACAACAACUAUACUACCUCCACUCGGAGAUGGAAGAUACCACAAUAAGAGUAUAUGUUGUAGGGAGUGGAUUGUGCAAUGUAAUUUACAUAUUCCAAAUUACCGGCCUCCAACCCAGCGUAAGAGAGCAAUACCUGAUGUAGGACUAGAAGGUGUCGAGCCUCUGCUUCCGCUCCUCCCUGCCUUCAGGAAAAAAACUGGUUUAUAGCUGGGCAUGGUAGAUCCUCUUGCAGAUUCCCAUGUCCAAGACAUUGCUCUAGCUAGGGGUUGCUCCCUACUAAGCUGUCAGCUGGUAAUCUCGGGCACCAAGAUAGUCUGGAAUUAAAGUACUGCCCCCUAGUAUGUCCUGUUUCUUCACCACUCAAGCUUGACAAUCCUUACUAACAAGCUGUAACAAAUCCAAUACAAUUUGUUCUUCAACUGCUGGAUUUUAUUUUUGUGUUUAUCUUUAGUAGCUUUGCUUUAAUAAGGGUCUAACUCCAGUCAUCACUGAGUAUUAACAAUGGAAAAGAGGAUGCUAGGCUGGUUUCGGGAGGCAAGAAUCCCCUGGAAUACGCAAGUACAGAGAAAAGAACAUUGAAGAUGCCUAUGCCUACACUUUGUUGUAUCUAGCUAUUUCUCCACUAUGUUACUGGUUUGAUCCUUACUUACAGUUUGCCAAUCAAGAUGCAUUUUAUGACAAGGUAACUUUUUACUUUUUUUAUAUUCUUGCUCUGACUGGAACUUUCUGCUUCUCUGUAAUUUUUUGGCCUAAGAGGAUUGAUUUAAUGUCUUCUCUUGAGACAGAUGCUGCCAUUUAGCAAUGUUAUCUAAAAGACAUGCAAUUAAAUCUUGAUCUCAGUUAAGUCAGUACAAAGUUCUCACAGCUUAGUGUGAUAAGCAGUUAUGGUUCUAUGAUACUGAAUUUGCUGUGAUGUAUUGUUUUACCACUCAGCAUUAACACAAGGCACAUCUUGUUUGAUAAUUUUUAAGAACCUCAACACAUCAGCCUGUUUUCUCUUUUCCUCUUCUUCUGCCUGCCCCCUAAUCUAAUUAUAGUGGCUUUCACUGCUGUCUGUAAGUCUUGAUGAUUAUCAGUGGAAGCAAGUGGAAAGACCUGAGUUAUACCAAUAAGCAGACUUCACUUAUCAACCUCAUGACUUCAUUUAACUACCAUUUUUUAACCCUCAAAGCUGGGGAUGCAUCCCCACCUGAACAUCAUGGUGAGUGUCCUGGGGUAAGUGUGCUGCAGGAACUAUGUCCUAUUCAUAUAUGCCGUCAGACAGGUUGUGCUCUUCUGCCUCCUCCUGCUCUGGGCUCUUUUGGCACCAGCUUGCAUCCGAACCCUUGGGUCUGUAGAGCAGCAAGAGGUGAAAGCUGGGACUUCAGUGAAAGAAACUUACAUUUGAGACAGUGUGAGGCACUAGGCAUGAAACACUGGUAGGCUGGAUCAGCCACAGCCUGGGCCAAGUGGGAUCAACAAGGGUGUAUAUGUGUCCAAAGGAGCUCAGUGAAACUGGGACUAUUGAGGGCAGACUGUUUGUAUACAAGGGGGGAAAGCGAUAAUAGUUUAGCAGAUCUUUGAAUGGGUUUUUUUUCUUUUCCCCUUGCAUCACUUCUGUGUAGUAAAGGGAGUUUCUGUUGUGUUUUUAUGUUCUUUAAUAAUUUUUUUCCUAAAGGCAUAGUAGAUCAGUAAAUCCUAAGCAAAAGUAGCAUUACAGUUAUGUCUUGAUCAUUUUGAAACCUUAGUUUUGUUUCCCUCUGCCUUUUUGUUAUGAGACUUAGGCUGAGCAAAUCAAGCUGUAUAAUCCCUCGUGGUCUGGCAGGAUUCAUCCAUGCCGCUAGGAUUGCUUUUCUUAGCCACAGUUAACAAUGGUGUAAUGGCUUUUAUAACAUUUUAUUAAGUUGAAAUGCAUCAAUAGCACUAAUGAUAAACAAUUGUGGUAUUUUAGGAAGAACAAUUUCCAGCACUUACUGCACCUGCCAACCUGCGGAGCUUUUGGGCAGCACUUGACUCUGUGGCAUGAAAAUAUGGAGUAUUUGUCCCUUACAAACAUGUCUGUGCUGUGACACAGACUUAAGGAAACUGGUCUUGUAUGUCUGUGGUAAGAAGUACAUAAAAGCAUUAAUUUCAUCUCUCUAGAUUAAAAUUCCUCUUCAGCUGAUGAUGACUGUUGCUUAAGUCUUUGCUGCUGGCUAGUAUAAAUCGGGAUAAAGUGGCCUAGCUUGGAUUUGCUGUGGGGAGGAUGGGAAGGGGUCUUGCUGAUGCCAGUCAAAUGAUAUGGCAGCUGUAAUGUAGCCUCCUCCCUUCCUCUCCCUCCAAUGCAUGUUGGGACUGUCCCUGGCUUAGGAUCAUAAACUUAAUGUGAAACUACAGCUAAGAUGGAUAAGGAAUUCAACCUCCUCCUACAUCUUUAACUCGGGGGCGGGGGGGGAGCAGGCUACCUUUUAAUGUCUAAUAGCAUUAUCUAACUUAAUGAUUACCGAUUAACCAAUGUCAAUCAUAGCUUUAACUGAACUUUUCCCAAGGAAAUAAUUAAUUGCUGUUAACAACAGACAACAGUAUUCUACUACAUUCAGCAGAGACGGCAGUAUUGUUUUCAGCCAUGAAACAAGCAGGUAGUGAGACUGCAGAGGAUGUUGGUGAAUGUAGCUUAAAUGCAAAUUAUGACAUGACUUCUCCUUUUGGUUUUCCCAGUGCUGUGCUAUUUCUUCAGUCUGCUUGUGCAAAAACUGCAUAACUAGCCUGCAGCAUGGACAUACUCAUCAUUACUGUCUUUCAGUAACCACGUUAAACGUAGUCUUGAGGAACCUAAGUAAAAGAGUUGCAAAGCUGCGUACGGCAUCAUAAGACAAGAAGACUGCAUGCUGUGCUAAAUUGGGGGAGUGAAGAUGAAGUGUGGGGUUUUUGGGGGUUUGGUUUUUUUUUUUUUAAUAGACCUUGGUUCCAAUCAAAUUUCAGUGAUGGUAUUUAUUUUACAAUACCUACUUACUAGAAAUGCUCAGUGGACCUUGGAUCAGACCUGAUUAGUUUGUCCCCAGUUCUUCAGUCAGCUCAAAUGGGAUGAAACUUUGCACUUUGCACAGUGCUGUUUGAAGUCAUUGGAAUUCAGCACACGGACAAAUAGAUUCCCUCAUAAAGGUGGCUGUUGUUGUUACAUUGGACUCUUUACUUUCCUUUUUCAACUAGAAAAAACACCACUUUUCUGAAACAUCAAUAUUAGUUUUAGCUUGUAAUGAUACAGAAUCCAACAAACAUGAGAAGGGUAAAGUAGUCUGAAUUUUAUAACAAGGUAUUCACUAAGGAUAUAAGUGUAAGAGUCAUCUUAACAGCAAUAAGUAUUUAUUUAGUUGUCUUGUAUUUGCAGUUUGAUCUACAAACAUUGACUUGAUGUUGAUAAGACUUUACCAAAACCCAAGUCAGUCAGUCUGGUAAAUAUUGAAAUGAACUUGAACGAGUUUGAAGAAAAUAGGAGCUUCAUCUGAUGACUGACCUCACAGCAUGUGAUCUUUAUGAUUGGGACCAUGCAGUGUAGUGCUUAAUUUGCCAGUACAGAUGGAGAAAAAUAUUACAGAUUUAUUCAGUACAGUCAAGUCCCCAUUUUUACUACAUUCUUUCUUUAAAAUGGCUAAUUGCAAAACAGUGUGAUAGCUAGAAAAUGUUACGAGUACCAUCUGCCUAAAGACGGGUUGGCUUCAUCUUUGUGUUUGUACCAUGCUUCCAUAUGCAAACUUUAUGGGCUUAUAAAAAUCUUGCAAAGUGCAAGCUUAUAUAAAAUCAGCAUAUCAUCAUUGCCUGAAGUAACAUGAUUCUGUAGAUAUGAUUGAACUAAAUCAAUGUCAUGGAUAAAAAAUUUCAUAACCAAGCUUAACACAGAGGUUAAAGAUUCAAUGAGUGGUUGGAGUAACUCUAGAGCUCUUUUCUUUCAAAAAAAAACCACCCAAAUAAGCCCCAGACAAACCAAAAGCAAACCCUCAGCUCAAACUUACCUUUGAUGAUAGUAGUGUCAAUGGGUGAAAAACAUCCAUGUAACUGAGAUGAGAACCCAACUUUGUUGUGCUCUACUUAAGCAGCCCAUUGAUUGACACACACAGUAUGGCAGAAACACGUUACAUGCAGUAACAAAUGAAAGUGUUGCUCGCUGACCAUCUGGUUGCAUUGUUGUGUAUCUGUUAUGUAUUUUUAGUAAGUGGUCUCUGUCAAAGUAAUCAGUUUAGUUUUAAUGAGAAAUUAAACACCUCAGAACUAUUCAGCUCACAGUUAUGGGUGUUGGUAUGGGAAAGUUUAGUAUGGUAUGAAAUGGCAUUGUAAUAGCAGGAACAAUUUUUUUCCUGUUGGGAGAUGUAUAUAUUCGGUUACUGCAAUGUUGAGAGUCACAUCAAAAUGUGUAUUUUGUUGAAACAAACAAAGUCACAAAUCUGAGACUCAAGGCAUUGUCCCUCUAUGGUUAAUGCUAAGUUCUAGCUUAUCUUAUACCCUUAAGAAAAUUGUAACUAGAAAAGGCAACUUAAAGUUAACUUCUGCAUCUUUAAGGACAUUGAAAUAUCUUUUGAUGGGUUUAGCUGUUUAAAACAUAAUUUUUUUUUGAGAGCUAACCUCUCCAUUUUUGAAGGUGGUAUUGAUUUGGACAACUUGUGAAAUACAAGUAAUCCUACCGGAUCUGCAUAUGAGUUACAGGACAUGUAGCUGCAACAAGAGGCCUUAUAUUCCUGAUAUGCUAGACCAAAAGCAACCAAAAAAAUUAUAAAGAUGAUGUAUACAUUUAAUGUAAAACAGAUUGAGAUGGAAAAUCCAAGAGCGGCCUUGUUGUAAAGGCUAGCAAGCUCUGCCUAAGUGGAAAAUUAGGGAAUUUGCAUAUAGCUGGUAGAAGAAAGGGAGAGAUGGUUAUAUCUACCUCACCUUCUACUAGUCUUGGCAAAUUGUUCAAAUGUGAUGUAUUCUGUUUUUUCACCUUUCAUACAAAUGGUGAAGGUCAUUAACAAAGAUUGAGUGUCCUAUUCUUAGCCAGCUCCACACUUCCUUGACUUGGUCUUGCUAUGCUGUAGAAAGAGUAAGUACAUUCAGACAUGAAUCUACCCAGGUUCUUUUGGGACAUCAGGAUGGCCUCGACUGAGGCAUCAUAUGGCUUGGUCUGCCUCUGUAGCUUAUAUUUAGAGUCUCUUUAGAUUCUUUGUGGUGAAAGUAGUACAGAUACUGGUUAUCACAUGGCUUUUAUGCUAUGUAAAGUGCAUACUAUGUGUCUAAAAAUAGUUAAAAACAAAUCCUUGACAAAUCAUAAAUAACAGAGUACUUCUAAAUUUUAGAAUAUAACCUCCACCCGAAAAAGUUUAUGAACUGUCACUUUAUAUGUGUGCAUACCCAGCACAUCUAUUUUGACACUGCCUUGGCCUCAGGAUACCAUUGGAAAACACAUGAUAAAUAAGAAUUAGCUAUCAAACAGGACAAAAAUACAUUGCUGUAGAAAGCACCCAACUAUGUUGGCCAAUUAAAUUGAGCAGCAGUAAUCCAACAGAUGAGCUCAAUCUAAACUACAGAGCAGGGAGAGUGCAGUACACAUGUUCUUGAGGUUUCUUGCUGUAUAAAGAUCCAUUUUGCUGCAGGACUUAACUAGGCAGUGAUGGGACUGUAGCCAGACCCAGCAUUAGAUGUGAGUAGUCUUCUCUCUUCCCCAGUAGCACACUUGAUAAUGUGUACUCGUACUGAUUUAGUGUACCUGUGUCUUCCAUGUCAUGUAGCCUCCUUGGCUAUGGCUCAGCUUGUUCUCCCGAGAAGCUGUGUGUCGAAUUUUGAUUUUUACUUUGGUGGGCAGAAUUUCAAGCGUUGCACUGGAGUGGAAGGUGAGGGGAUGCUUCCUCACUGGAGUCAGAGUUUGUUCUUCUGUCAGUGUCUAACUAUAUAAAAUUCCCUAGAGCAAAAUUACAAGUGCAAUAAUACCUGGUUAUAAAAUGUUUACUUGGUCUCAUUUAGGCUUACAAAAAUUUUGGAAUGAAGUAUUAACUCAAACAACUAUGUAACAAUCCAACUUGUAUAAUAUUCAAUGAUUCCUGAUUAAAAAAACCAAAAGAGAUUUGGGGUCAAACAACAUGA